UGCGAAAUGAAAACUACACAGACUCGUCUAGUCGAUGAUAGAACUGCACAGUAGAUGAUUGUUUCACAAAUUGAAGAGACAUUCUUCAGCACAUAACGGAAAUUAAGCGAAUACACACAAAUUUUCACUCAAAAAUCACCCAGAAAUCGUUCUAGACAUGGCUGAUAUUGCCAAAGCUAUUCAAUGUCAGGGAACCAAUUUGAAUAACGGUUUCGCAGAAGGUCCAAACAAAUUCGUCAUUCUAACAACACCCAAGCAUGAUGUUAAAAAGCUUCAAAUCGGAUUCGAGGGCCCCAGUCAGCCGGAAACGAAAUUGGUGACGAAAGCCAACAAGAAUGUUGAUGUUACAUUUACCACUCCAGUUGGUGGCAACUAUAAGAUUCAUGUUAUGUACGACGAGCACUAUGUCAGCGGUUCACCGUACAAUUGCAAGUUGGUUGGUGAUGUGAAACCGAGUGUUGAUAAAAUCAAAGUGUCCGGUGCAGUUAAAGAAGCAAAGAAAGACGAAGAAAAUGUAAUUCUUAUCGAUGGAAAAGAUGUCGGCAUUAGUGCUUUUACGGCCAAAAUGGAAGGUCCUUCCAAAGCAGAUUUAGCGUUCAAUGAUAAUGACGAUGGAACGGUGUCGGCAACGUUCAAGCCCACAGAGCCGGGAACCUAUAAACUUAUUUUGAAGUUUACACACUUCAAUUUGCCAGGAAGUCCGUUUUCCAUCACAGUUGCUUAAGUGUCUACUCUACAGUAUUUUCAUUGGCGAUUAAAAACCAUUAAUAUCUUAAAUAAAAUUACGGACAACCGCAGCAUUAAAAAUUUGUUUUAAAAUAAAAUUUAUUUUCUUUGUGGAACGAUGUAUGUAUACCAGUUGUGACCAGUUGAUUUUACAAAAAUAAAUAAAAGUGAAAUUUUUUUGAAUAA